AUGACCAAUCUCUUGAAAAGCGUUGUCACCGUAAUUGAUACUUUCUACAAAUACACCAAGCAGGAUGGGGAGUGUGCCACACUGAGCAAGGAUGAACUAAAGGAACUUCUGGAGAAAGAGUUUCGUCCGAUUCUGAAGAACCCAGAUGAUCCAGACACAGUGGAUGUCAUCAUGCAUAUGCUGGAUCGAGAUCAUGACCGAAGACUGGACUUUACUGAGUUUCUUCUGAUGAUAUUCAAACUGGCUAUGGCCUGCAACAAGGUUCUCAGCAAAAAAUACUGCAAAGCUUCAGGGUCAAAGAAGCACAGGCAUAGUCGCCGACACCAAGAGGAAGAAAGUGAAACUGAAGGUGAAGAAGAGGAUACAUCAGGACAAAACUCAGGUUACAGAUAUUCAAGUUGGAGUGAGGGGGAGGAGCAUGGUUAUAGUUCCGAGGGCUCUCGGGGAACUCCAAAACACAGACAUGGGUCUGGCUCCAGAAGGCUGAGAAGGCAAGGUGGUUUAUCUAGCUCAGAGAACCAAAAGGGAUUUGAAAAAAGGCACCAUGGGUCCAGCUCUGGUUACUCAUGGAGUAAUGACAAAGAAAGACAUGGUUCCAGCUCUGGAGAACUGGAGGGAAAAAGAAACAAAUCACAUGUUAGCCCCUCUAGGGCAUCUGGGGAUGAAUACAAGUCUGGAUCAAAGAGUGGUAGAGGGAGAGGUCAUGGUGGUCUGUCAUAUGAAUAUGAAUCAAACUCUACUCAGUCAAGUUGUGCAGGACAAAAACAUGGGUCUAGCUCUAAAUGUUCAGGAGAUGGUGGGAGGGAAAGUCAUGCAUGUGGUUCUAGCAAUUCAGGUGGACGUGGAAGACGAAAAGACACUUCUAGGUCCUGUCAGGCAGGUAGAUUUGGAGAGCAAGGAAACCAAUCUAGCUGUACCCAAUCAGGUUAUCAAUCAGGAAGUAGUGGAGAAGGUCAUAGAUGUAUCUCAGGAGGUUGGGCCUCUGGAUAUUGUCAACAUGAGCCUAGCUCCUGUAGCCAGUCUACUAGGCAGAAAGGAUAUGGAUAUAGAACAUGUGGUCAACCACAGAAUUGUGGAGGACAACAGGGAACAGGUUCAUGUCAGUCCUCUUCUUGUGGACAAUAUGGGUCAGGAGUAAGUCAGUCUUCUACUUAUGGUCAACAGGGAUCUGGUUCCUGUGGAUACUCCUCAAACUCUCAUCAAAAGAGGUGUGGUUCAAAUGAAACAUCUAGAUGUAGUCAACAUAGAUCCAGCUCAGGUCAAUCUUCUGGCUUUGGUCAACAUGGGUCAGGCUCAGGUCAGUACUCUGGCUUUGGAUAUGGUGGGUGUGGCUCAGGUCAGUCCUCUGGCUUUGGACACCAUGAGUCUACAUCAGGACAGUCUUGCUAUGGCCAACAUGGGUCAGGCUCAUGUCAGCACUCUGGUGCUGGACAAUAUGGAUCAGGCUCAGCUCAGUCCUCUGGCUUUGGAAACCAGAAGUCUAAAUCAGGACAGUCUACCUGUGGCCAACAUGAAUCUGGUUCAGGUCAAUCCUCAUGCUUUGGCCAACAUGGUUCAAGCACUGGUCAGUCCUCUGGCUUUGAACACCAUGACUGUAGAUCACAGCAGUCUGGUUAUGGCCAUCAGGAGUUGGGCUCAGGUCAAUCAUCUGGCAUAGACCAACAAGGGUCAAGUUCAAAUCAGUCUUCUGGCUUUGGACAUCAUCAGUCUGGCUCAGAUCAGUCCUCCAGCGAGAGUGAAAGGCAUGCAGAAGUCUCAGAGAGACACUCCGGAUCCACUCAUGGGCAGGCUGGAUCUCAACAUGGAGAGUCAGGAGCCACAGUGAGAGGGAGACACGGAACUGCUCAUGGGCAGUCAGGAGACACCACCAGACAUGGCCACUCCAGUCAGGGACAAUCUACACGGUCAGGGUCCAGUCAGGCGGGAAGACAGGGAUCCAGUCACAGUGAGGCUAGCGACAGUGAAAGGCAUUCAGAAGUCUCAGAGAGACACUCCGGAUCCACUCAUGGGCAGGCUGGAUCUCAGCACGGAGAGUCAGGAGCCACAGUGAGAGGGAGACACGGAACUGCUCAUGGGCAGUCAGGAGACACCACCAGACAUGGCCACUCCAGUCAGGGACAAUCUACACGGUCAGGGUCCAGUCAGGCGGGAAGACAGGGAUCCAGUCACAGUGAGGCUAGCGACAGUGAAAGGCAUUCAGAAGUCUCAGAGAGACACUCAGGAUCCACUCAUGGGCAGGCUGGAUCUCAGCACGGGGAGUCAGGAGCCACAGUGAGAGGGAGACACAGAACUGCUCAUGGGCAGUCAGGAGACACCACCAGACAUGGCCACUCCAGUCAGGGACAAUCUACACGGUCAGGGUCCAGUCAGGCGGGAAGACAGGGAUCCAGUCACAGUGAGGCUAGCGACAGUGAAAGGCAUUCAGAAGUCUCAGAGAGACACUCAGGAUCCACUAAUGGGCAGGCUGGAUCUCAGCACGGAGAGUCAGGAGCCACAGUGAGAGGGAGACACGGAACUGCUCAUGGGCAGUCAGGAGACACCACCAGACAUGGCCACUCUAGUCAGGGACAAUCUACACGGUCAGGGUCCAGUCAGGCGGGAAGACAGGGAUCCAGUCACAGUGAGGCUAGCGACAGUGAAAGGCAUUCAGAAGUCUCAGAGAGACACUCAGGAUCCACUCAUGGGCAGGCUGGAUCUCAGCACGGAGAGUCAGGAGCCACAGUGAGAGGGAGACACGGAACUGCUCAUGGGCAGUCAGGAGACACCACCAGACAUGGCCACUCCAGUCAGGGACAAUCUACACGGUCAGGGUCCAGUCAGGCGGGAAGACAGGGAUCCAGUCACAGUGAGGCUAGCGACAGUGAAAGGCAUUCAGAAGUCUCAGAGAGACACUCCGGAUCCACUCAUGGGCAGGCUGGAUCUCAACACGGGGAGUCAGGAGCCACAGUGAGAGGGAGACACGGAACUGCUCAUGGGCAGUCAGGAGACACCACCAGACAUGGCCACUCCAGUCAGGGACAAUCUACACGGUCAGGGUCCAGUCAGGCGGGAAGACAGGGAUCCAGUCACAGUGAGGCUAGCGACAGUGAAAGGCAUUCAGAAGUCUCAGAGAGACACUCAGGAUCCACUCAUGGGCAGGCUGGAUCUCAGCACGGAGAGUCAGGAGCCACAGUGAGAGGGAGACACGGAACUGCUCAUGGGCAGUCAGGAGACACCACCAGACAUGGCCACUCCAGUCAGGGACAAUCUACACGGUCAGGGUCCAGUCAGGCGGGAAGACAGGGAUCCAGUCACAGUGAGGCUAGCGACAGUGAAAGGCAUUCAGAAGUCUCAGAGAGACACUCCGGAUCCACUCAUGGGCAGGCUGGAUCUCAACACGGGGAGUCAGGAGCCACAGUGAGAGGGAGACACGGAACUGCUCAUGGGCAGUCAGGAGACACCACCAGACAUGGCCACUCCAGUCAGGGACAAUCUACACGGUCAGGGUCCAGUCAGGCGGGAAGACAGGGAUCCAGUCACAGUGAGGCUAGCGACAGUGAAAGGCAUUCAGAAGUCUCAGAGAGACACUCAGGAUCCACUCAUGGGCAGGCUGGAUCUCAGCACGGAGAGUCAGGAGCCACAGUGAGAGGGAGACACGGAACUGCUCAUGGGCAGUCAGGAGACACCACCAGACAUGGCCACUCCAGUCAGGGACAAUCUACACGGUCAGGGUCCAGUCAGGCGGGAAGACAGGGAUCCAGUCACAGUGAGGCUAGCGACAGUGAAAGGCAUUCAGAAUCAGGAGACACCACCAGACAUGGCCACUCCAGUCAGGGACAAUCUACACGGUCAGGGUCCAGUCAGGCGGGAAGACAGGGAUCCAGUCACAGUGAGGCUAGAGACAGUGAAAGGCAUUCAGAAGUCUCAGAGAGACACUCAGGAUCCACUCAUGGGCAGGCUGGAUCUCAGCACGGAGAGUCAGGAGCCACAGUGAGAGGGAGACACGGAACAGCUCAUGGGCAGUCAGAAGACACUACCAGACAUGGCCACUCCAGUCAGGGACAAUCUACACGGUCAGGGUCCAGUCAGGCGGGAAGACAGGGAUCCAGUCACAGUGAGGCUAGCGACAGUGAAAGGCAUUCAGAAGUCUCAGAGAGACACUCCGGAUCCACUCAUGGGCAGGCUGGAUCUCAGCACGGAGAGACAGGAGCCACAGUGAGAGGGAGACAUGGAACUGCUCAUGGGCAGUCAGGAGACACCACCAGUCAUGGCCACUCCAGUCAGGGACAAUCUACACGGUCAGGGUCCAGUCAGGCGGGAAGACAGGGAUCCAGUCACAGUGAGGCUAGCGACAGUGAAAGACAUUCCGAAGUCUCAGAGAGACACUCCGGAUCCACUCAUGGGCAGGCUGGAUCUCAGCACGGAGAGUCAGGAGCCACAGUGAGAGGGAGACACGGAACUGCUCAUGGGCAGUCAGGAGACACCACCAGACAUGGCCACUCCAGUCAGGGACAAUCUACACGGUCAGGGUCCAGUCAGGCGGGAAGACAGGGAUCCAGUCACAGUGAGGCUAGCGACAGUGAAAGGCAUUCAGAAGUCUCAGAGAGACACUCCGGAUCCACUCAUGGGCAGGCUGGAUCUCAACACGGGGAGUCAGAAGCCACAGUGAGAGGGAGACACGGAACUGCUCAUGGGCAGUCAGGAGACACCACCAGACAUGGCCACUCCAGUCAGGGACAAUCUACACGGUCAGGGUCCAGUCAGGCGGGAAGACAGGGAUCCAGUCACAGUGAGGCUAGCGACAGUGAAAGGCAUUCAGAAGUCUCAGAGAGACACUCCGGAUCCACUCAUGGGCAGGCUGGAUCUCAGCACGGAGAGUCAGGAGCCACAGUGAGAGGGAGACACGGAACUGCUCAUGGGCAGUCAGGAGACACCACCAGACAUGGCCACUCCAGUCAGGGACAAUCUACAUGGUCAGGGUCCAGUCAGGCGGGAAGACAGGGAUCCAGUCACAGUGAGGCUAGCGACAGUGAAAGGCAUUCAGAAGUCUCAGAGAGACACUCCGGAUCCACUCAUGGGCAGGCUGGAUCUCAGCACGGAGAGUCAGGAGCCACAGUGAGAGGGAGACACGGAACUGCUCAUGGGCAGUCAGGAGACACCACCAGACAUGGCCACUCCAGUCAGGGACAAUCUACACGGUCAGGGUCCAGUCAGGCGGGAAGACAGGGAUCCAGUCACAGUGAGGCUAGCGACAGUGAAAGGCAUUCAGAAGUCUCAGAGAGACACUCCGGAUCCACUCAUGGGCAGGCUGGAUCUCAACACGGGGAGUCAGGAGCCACAGUGAGAGGGAGACACGGAACUGCUCAUGGGCAGUCAGGAGACACCACCAGACAUGGCCACUCCAGUCAGGGACAAUCUACACGGUCAGGGUCCAGUCAGGCGGGAAGACAGGGAUCCAGUCACAGUGAGGCUAGCGACAGUGAAAGGCAUUCAGAAGUCUCAGAGAGACACUCCGGAUCCACUCAUGGGCAGGCUGGAUCUCAACACGGGGAGUCAGGAGCCACAGUGAGAGGGAGACACGGAACUGCUCAUGGGCAGUCAGGAGACACCACCAGACAUGGCCACUCCAGUCAGGGACAAUCUACACGGUCAGGGUCCAGUCAGGCGGGAAGACAGGGAUCCAGUCACAGUGAGGCUAGCGACAGUGAAAGGCAUUCAGAAGUCUCAGAGAGACACUCAGGAUCCACUCAUGGGCAGGCUGGAUCUCAGCACGGAGAGUCAGGAGCCACAGUGAGAGGGAGACACGGAACUGCUCAUGGGCAGUCAGGAGACACCACCAGACAUGGCCACUCCAGUCAGGGACAAUCUACACGGUCAGGGUCCAGUCAGGCGGGAAGACAGGGAUCCAGUCACAGUGAGGCUAGCGACAGUGAAAGGCAUUCAGAAGUCUCAGAGAGACACUCCGGAUCCACUCAUGGGCAGGCUGGAUCUCAACACGGAGAGUCAGGAGCCACAGUGAGAGGGAGACAUGGAACUGCUCAUGGGCAGUCAGGAGACACCACCAGACAUGGCCACUCCAGUCAGGGACAAUCUACACGGUCAGGGUCCAGUCAGGCGGGAAGACAGGGAUCCAGUCACAGUGAGGCUAGCGACAGUGAAAGGCAUUCAGAAGUCUCAGAGAGACACUCUGGAUCCACUCAUGGGCAGGCUGGAUCUCAACAUGGAGAGUCAGGAGCCACAGUGAGAGGGAGACACGGAACUGCUCAUGGGCAGUCAGGAGACACCACCCGACAUGGCCACUCUGAUCUUGGGCAAUCUACUUGGUCAAACAGACAGUCAAGUCACACUCAUGCGCAUUCUGGUGAAAGUCAUUCUACAUCACAGAUUAUUGGCAGACAAAGACAUAGAUCAGAUCAAGCCUGGAGACAUGGCAGUUAUGGGAGUGCCGAAUAUGACUAUGGGCAGUCUGGUUAUGGACCUUCUGGUGGUAGCAGGACAAGCAGUCGUAAUUCUAGUCCUUUUAGGUCAACAGACAGAGCUGCAACCAAGCAAGCAUCUAAUUUCAGUACCCAGCAAGCUCCUCCAGGCUACAAUCUCCUUGCUCUUCUGUUCCAAAAGAUGUCGACUCUCCUGGAAAACAUCAAUGGCAUCAUCGAAAUAUUUCACAAAUAUUCAAAAACAGAUAAGGAGACUGACACAUUAAGUGAAAAAGAGCUGAAGGAACUUCUGGAAUUGGAGUUUCGGCCCAUCUUGAAGAAUCCAGAUGAUCCAGACACUGUAGAUAUCAUCAUGCAAAAUCUAGAUCAAGACCAUAACAAGAAAGUAGAAUUUACUGAGUAUCUUCUGAUGAUAUUCAAGCUGGCUCAGGCCUGUAAUAAAAUCGUCAGCAAAGAUUACUGCCAAGCUUCAGGGUCAAAGCAAAGAGGUCACAGUCACCAGGACCAAGAGGAACAGAGUGAAACAGAAGAGGAUGAAGGGCAAAAAUCGUCUUCCAGUAACUUAAGUUGGUGUGAAGGAGAGAAUGAUUCUCAUUCCAGAGGCUCGAGAGGUAGCAUUAGACACAGGUUGAGGUCCAGCUCCAGAAUAACUGGGCAUCAAGGAGGCUUGUCUAGUUCUGGGGACAGGCAAAGCUCUAGGGAAAGAAGGAGGGAGUCAAAUUCAGGCCACUCCAAGGGUAGCAAGAAAAACAAGCAUGGCUCUCAUCAGCACAAAAGGUCUAGAAGUGAAGAAGUUGGUUAUACUCAUUCAAGCAACCACGGAAUAAAAUCAAACUCAAGAAACUGGUCAGGCACUUAUGGAGAACAAGGGCAUGUGACCCACUCAGAGGAUCAGUCUUUCAGUUCUGAUCAAAACUGGUCUGACUCAAAUGAAUCUGUGGGUAAUAGACAACAUAAGAAAAAAUCAAGCCAGUCACCUAGAGAUAGUGCCAGACGCUCUGGGAAUGGCCACGAACAAACAUCCACUGGAUCUGGACACAGGAGACAGAGGGAAUCCAGUGUUAGGCAGGGCAGUGACACCGAAGGAUAUUCAGGAGACAUAGGGAGGCAUUCUGUGACCACCCAAGGAAGGUCGGGAUCCACUUCAAGGAACCAACAUGGGGCUUCCCAUAGCCAGGCAAGAGACACCUCUCGGCGAUCAGAGAACCAACAUGGGGCUUCCCAUAGCCAGUCAAGAGACACGACAGUUCACUCAGAGUCGCGUCAUGGGCAGACAGACACACACAGGCAGAGAGAAUCUGUCCACGGAGACUCAGGAUCCAGAACUUCCCACGGACAGGGCAGUCACCAUGAACAAUCAAGAGACGGCUCCAGACGCACUGGGACUGGCCAUGGACAAACUUCCAUCAGAACUGGAAGCAGAAGACACAGGGAAUCCAGUGUUAGUCAGGCCAGUGACAGUGAAGGAUAUUCAGGAGAUAUAGGGAGGCAUUCUGUGACCACCCAAGGAAGGUCCCGAUCCACUUCAACGAACAAACAUGAGGCUUCCGAUGGCCAGUCAGGAGACACCGCAGUUCACUCAGAGUCGCGUCAUGGGCAGACAGACACACACAGGCAGAGAGAAUCUGUCCACAGAGACUCAGGAUCCAGAACUUCCCACGGACAGGGGAGUCACCAUGAACAAUCAAGAGACACCUCCAGACACUCUGGGACUGGCCAUGGACAAACCUCCACUGGAACUGGAAGCAGUAGACACAGGGAAUCCAGUGUUAGGCAGGGCAGUGACAGCGAAGGAUAUUCAGGAGACAUAGGGAGGCAUUCUGUGACCACCCAAGGAAGGUCCGGAUCCACUUCAAGGAACCAACAUGGGGCUUCCCAUAGCCAGUCAAGAGACACCACAGUUCACUCAGAGUCGCGUCAUGGGCAGACAGACACACACAGGCAGAGAGAAUCUGUCCACGGAGACUCAGGAUCCAGAACUUCCCACGGACAGGGGAGGCACCAUGAACAAUCAAGAGACGGCUCCAGACGCACUGGGACUGGCCAUGGACAAACUUCCAUCAGAACUGGAAGCAGAAGACACAGGGAAUCCAUCACCAUGAACAAUCAAGAGACGGCUCCAGACGCACUGGGACUGGCCAUGGACAAACUUCCAUCAGAACUGGAAGCAGAAGACACAGGGAAUCCAGUGUUAGUCAGGCCAGUGACAGUGAAGGAUAUUCAGGAGAUAUAG